AUGAAUCCUAACUGCCAAAAGAGACUUCAAUCAGAGGAACGCCAGAUACAGAAUCAGAGUGACUCCUCCGAGCCGAUGAUUAACGGCGCGCUCAGAGUUUACUCUUCUGUCACGGUGUCUGUUCUGGAGCUAAAAAAAGGUCAGCCAGGAGUGAGAGGUGAAGCUGAGGCCGAGCGGGUAAGAAGAGGAGCUGUCAGUCACGUUAAAGAGGCCCAGAGCAGGUAAGAAGUUUAUUUUUAUUCUGUGGCACAAUUAUCCUCACAGACUGAUAGUAGAAGAAGAAAAACGCUUAACCUUCAAAUAACCAGCGACAAUAUAAUGUGUAAUGUGUAUGUGGACAAUACAAUCAGAGAUUCAGUUAGAAGUAGAUCUAAUGUUUGUCAUGUUGGAUUAAAGCCUCUGCUAAAUAAAAUCAUAAAUCAGAUAAAUAAAUAAUUUUAAGCUUAUAUCCUCCCUGUCACUAGGGGGCGUGUGUUUAGCUGACUACAAAGAUCAUCUGAUACUAACAGCAAAAACUAAUCAAACAUCCUAACUUGUGAUUAAGACGUCAUACCAUCGCCCACCACUAGCAGGAGCUGUAGCUACUAAUGACAUAAAGCUUUAAUACUGGACGACCUGGACAUGAACAGACACAGUAUUCAGGGCUAGAAAAUUGCUCAACAUGAAUAUAAUCACCAAACCAGAGUAAUGUGUAAAUGGGCACCAGUGUAGGUACCAGAUGUGUUCGGGCUGCCGGAUCGGCUCGGGGCCCGGCGCCUAUUCAUGACGAUUGGCUGGAAGUUGGUUUUGAUGAUGUAGAAGAUUGUGGUUGGUCUGGACAUUACGUAAGCAGUUUCUCAUGUGAAGAAAGCGAUCACUAGUUAGGCUAUAAAAAGAGGACUUACAACAGCUGGACUACCGCCUCGUUUAGGUCGCCAAAGGAAACGUGAAAUAAAAGCAAAACUAUCUCUUUAUAAACGGAGAGCCUGCGUAUAUUUUUUUGUCUUUUUUCCUUUAGAAAAUUUAACAGAAACAAUUAAAGACAUCUAAAAAUUACAGUACAGUAAGUUGUAAUUCUCUGUAUUAAAUGGAGAGAAAAUUUCGAGGUCAAUUGAAUGAACAAACGGGAAAAAAGAAAACCGCGAGGGGCUUCAAACUGAUCACAGUUUGUCCGUAGUGUGACAUCUUCAACAGGCACUGAACCCUGAGCCGAUCUCGCUGUCCGAACACAUCUGGUGCCUUUAGUCCGUCGGAACCAGAUCUAACAGUCCGAACACAUCUGGUACCGACAGACUAAAGGCGGGUGGUGCUAGCUCUGCUAAUGGUAGCUGCACUGCAAGAGAUUGGUCCCAAAGGAGCAUCGCUGUGCCAGCUCUGAUUUCAAAGGUAGGAGGAGCCUCAAACAUCAGACUCAGGACUGGGUGGUUCAUUGAGGCACUUUAAUACCCCUAAUGAGACCUGUUAUGUUUCUGAAUGUGAGACAACAGUGACAAUAAUAGAGACAAUAAACUUGGAAAAGCCUGUGAGCUGGUUCAGGCAGACGAGACUCUUCUACUGCAGAGCCAUGCUGUUGUAAUUAGUGCAGAUUGUGGUUUGACUGAAACAUGCGAGGUCUGCUCUGAAAAAAGCAUCAUCUGCUGAUUUAUUAAUGACUUUGCUUUGAUUUCCAGAUUUCACAGUUUAACUUUGCCGUUCAUCAUCCUCCUCCCACAUUAGUGCUGCUCUCACACCUUAAUCCUCCAGCAUCAACCUGCAGGCUCUGACUACAGGAGGUUAAAAUUUAUCUGAUCUCUCCUCAGCUGCUGCUGCAUGUGAAGUUAAUCUGUGAGGUGAUGGAGUUUAGAGCCUCGGUGCCAAACACAAACAAUCUUGGGUCGGGGUAAAGUUUCCCUGUGACCUCAGAUGGCCGGAUUUGAGUGAUUUCUUAGGGACCGUAACGAUACAGCGCUGAAAUAGAAAAAGCUUCGAUUAAAAAAAAGAGAGGGAUGCAUUUUUGCUGAGUAAGACAUGUUCCUUCUUUACACUAUUUAUCAUCGGUCCCCUCAGGUUUACCUCGGACCUCUUUAACGGCCUCAACUCAGAG